AUGGCAGAAGAGCUAGCAGGACUUGGAGCGACCGUACAAUAUGCCUGUUCUAGUGACCAAGCACCGAUUGAUGAGAGGAAUCAAGAAUGGGAAAGUAAGGGAGUUAAAGUGACCGGCUCAGUUUUUGACCUCAAAUCUACAACUCAAAGAGAGAACCUCAUGAACACAUUCUCAUCUGCUUUUGAUGGCAAGCUUAACAUCCUUCUUCAGGAUAUGCAAGUGUUCUCUUUCGCUGAUCUGAAAGCUGAGCCUGAACUCUCUGCCUUUGCAGAAACAAGCAAAGUUGGCGUGGAAAUGGGCAAAAGACAACAUUCGCACAAACACUGUGAAACUUAUGUUCGUGCUGAUGAUGGUCUCUGUCGUCCUGCAGAGCCUAAUGAGAUUUCAUCUCUGGUUAGCUUCCUUUGCCUCCCAGCUUCUUCUUACAUCAAUGGAAAAGAAUUUUAUAUCGAUGGACAACAAACAGUUUGUGACCCUGUAGGAAUGUGGAACCAGGGUUGGCCUGGUAAUAGCACUUCCACACCCAUUUGCCAUAGCAAAGGGCAAGGGCAAUGUAAGGGAUGUUACUAUUCACAUGAAUAG